CAAAUUGUGUUAUCAAUGUUAUCACUGUUAUCAGUCACUUAGUGUUGAUUGUAGAACAUUUUCCGCAACUUUGAUCUUCAAGAAUUUUUGAACGGUAGAAGUUAGAGCUUUCGGUAAAGACCCAUUUUAAAAAGGAUAAAAUAACGAACGUUUUGCUGUAUUAAUAUACCUAUGUGUUCGUUGAAAAUUUUGAGUAAUUCUAGUUCAAAGUUCAAUACUUACCAUCCGCGGUUGGUUUUUGCAUUGUUUUCGCAACUUUAAACUUCUACAACUUUUGAACGGUUGCAUGUAGAGCUUUCGAUAAACGCCCAUUUUAAAGACGAUGAAAUUACGAACAUUUUGAUAUAUUAAAAUACCUGUGUGUUCACUGAAGAUUUUGAGUAUUUUUAGUUUAAAAUUGACACAUAUAGUAUGAAAAAAUCGGGUAAUGGAAGUAUUCAUAAAAUCGUCAAUUUUUCGCGAAAUAACAAAAAUUUAACAUCAAUCGAUAGGAAAUUUCAUUGUCUUUAGCUUGAAACUACUUAAAAAUUCACCUGAACCCGCGAACAAUCGAAAAAAUUGCAUUUUUUACUCGUAAGAUUGUAUACAUACAUACGCUCUGAUGUUGUUUACAUCCGUUGUGUCGAACCAAAAUGGCGUAUGCGUAUACUUCCCUAAUCUAGAACUUUAGCCGUAGCUACGUUCCGCGUACGUUUGCCGAAGGAAUUCUAGCUUCUAGCGUAAAGGGGGGCGCGACUUUUGGCCACCUCUGUACACAGACACAGAAAGAAAUACUGUUACAUUUUUCCUUGUCACAAUUAAAAUUCAUUCAUUUAAUUAGAUACAAUAGAUAUUCGAGUUUAUACAUUUAUCUGAGCCAUUGACUGAUGAAUUUUCGUGAUUCCAAACCGUUACCUACUGUGAUUUUUGUGAUAAUUGCGUAGGAUUUUUAUAAGAAAAACCAACCUGCUUCGGUGUACUAUUUUUAAAUUAUUUGUUUUAAAAAAUGGCCGACGAAUCGCAAGUGUGCUCGUUUUACGAGGGUAAAAAAAUACUGAUCACUGGAGCGACUGGAUUUAUGGGUAAAGUAUUGGUGUGGAAGUUAUUGCACAGCUGUCACAAACUGGAUACAAUUUACGUACUCAUCAGAUCCAAGUAUGGUAAAAGUCCGAUGUCUCGUAAAUCAGGAUUUUUUGGAUCACUGAUUUUUAAUGAUUUCAAAAAAAAUAAUCCAGAAAUACUCGCUAAAGUGGUACUUGUUAGCGGUGAUGUCGGCGAAGAAGGAUUAGGAUUAUCCGAUAAAGAUCGUAAGCUGUUGAUUGAUGAUGUAUCCGUUGUGUUUCAUAGCGCUGCUAUUUUAAAAAUGAACUUGGAUUUACGUACGGCUGUUACAAUAAAUACUAUUGGAACUAUAAGAAUGUUGGAUUUGGCGCGACAGAUGAAAAAAUUACAGGCAUUUGUUCAUGUUUCUACUGCAUUUUGUUGUUGUGAAAAUAGCGCAAUUGAAGAAAAAAUUUACCCAUCGAAACAUAACGCUUACGAUAUCAUUAAGCUUGUUCAAUGGAUGGACCCUGAAAUAUUGGAAAAAAUAACACCCAAAUUAAUACAUCCUUCACCUAACACAUAUAUCUAUUCGAAACGACUAUCCGAAUCUGUACUUCAAAAUUACGCAUCUGAAGUACCCAUCAUUGUGGCAAGGCCAAGUAUAGUCAUCGGAUCUUUCAAAGAACCAUUAGAAGGAUGGUGUGAUACGUUCAAUGGACCUGUAGGAUUUUUCGUAGCUGGAGCCAGAGGUGUAAUACGAACCACUCUGAUGAAUAUGCGCAGCAAAACAGACGUAAUACCUGCUGACAUGGCCAUCAAUAGUAUCGUAAUUCUGCCUUGGGCAAAUCAACGAGAAGAAUUAUUAAACCAAAUCAGUGUGUAUAACAUCACGCAAAAUUCAUACGAAGAUUUAACUUGGCUUGGCAUGAAGAAGUAUCUGACAUGCAGUUUUUUAAAAUAUCCGUUUGAUACGAUACUCUGGUAUCCGAAUUUAGGUUACACGGAGGAUAGCGUUGUAGUGUACAAGAUUAAAGAUAUUUUUCUGCAUUAUUUACCCGCCUACGUAAUCGAUUUCGCUUUAAAGCUAGCUGGCCAAAAACCUUUUUUGAUCAACAUACACGAUAGAAUUCACCAAGCUGAAAACUUGCUGACAUAUUUUACUCGAAAACAAUGGAUAUUUGUGCAUGAUAAAGUAUUACAACUGGAGCAAAUUCUAAAUGAUACUGAUAGGAAGCUUUUUCCGGUGAACAUGAAGGAUAUAAGCGAUUUUCAAAGUUACAUGGAUGAUAUUUUGGUAUCGUGCAAGACGCGCAUAUUCAAAGAAGAUAUGAAAAUGAUCGGUAAAGCGAAAAGAACAUUAAAAAUAAUGUAUGCCGUGGAUAAAAUCGUUCUUGUCUUAAAAUACUACUUGCUUUGGAAAAUUCUUAUGGCCAUUUUUAAUGUGAUUAUGGUUAUAUUUAAUCAUACGAACUAAUCCCCUACUUGCGUAGAUAUUCUUAAUGUUAAUGAACAAAUUUUCAUGUUACAAAUUAUUUAAAUUUUAUACUCAAUAUUUGUCUGUAAAAACAUUUAAUUUUUUUAAAAUAAAUAUGCAAUUAAUCUUGUUUUUAUUUCAAAAA